AUGUUUUCUUCAGUCGAUGCUCGCCUUGUUGUGCUCGCCGUCUUACUACCUGCUUCCUUUGUUUUCAUCACAUCCCUCAAGCGAUUCAUUAGGAACAGACAAAAUAAACUUCCCCCUGGCCCAGUGCCGCUCCCACUGUUAGGAAAUGUCUUAUCGAUAGACACCAAGGAACCUUGGUUGACUUAUACUAAAUGGGCUGCUGCUUAUGGAGACUUGUUUUUCGUGCGACUUUUAGGCCAGGAAGUCGUGGUGAUCAAUUCUCAGCACGUUGCGAAAGCUUUACUGGACAAGCGUUCUCGCAUUUACUCCGAUAGACCAUACAUAGCCACACUUGAGCCGUUUGGUUGGUUGGUCGUCUUUGGAUUCACAGGCUAUGGUGACGAAUGGCGUCUUUGCCGACGACUCUUCCACCAAACUUUCCAUACCGACUCUGCACUCAAGUUUCGUCCAAUGCAGAUCAAGCGGGCCCGUGAGAUGAUCGUUAAUCUAAUUGAUGACCCUGAACAUUAUCAUUCUCACUUCGCAACACUCUCGUCAUCAGUUGCGAUAUCAGUGACAUACGGCUACCAAACCAGUCCUCGUGAUGAUCCUCUGGUCCGAAUCGUAGAAAAUGCACUGGCUAUUGGCCUUCGGGUGGCGACCUCAGAGAGAGCAAUCUUGCUCAAAACCUUCCCCUUCUUACUGAAGUUACCUGACUGGUGUUGGGGAUCCUCGCUCAAACGCGAGGCCCAAGCUUCGACCAAUCUCAUGACUGAAAUGACGGAGGUGCCGUUUCGAUAUACGCAGCAGCAUAUGGCGGAAGACUUGGCCCUUGGUCAGUUUUCAAUGGUGGCAGAAAAUCUUCAACGAAUGGAGAAGCAGGAUCACACAUCUAGACCAUUGUUUGAGAGUGCCUUGAAGAAAGCAGCUACUUCUGCUAUUGCAGGUUCAUACGAGACGAGUACUUCGUUAUUGAUGGCUUUUGCUCUUGCCAUGGUGUCUUACCCAGAUGUUCAAAAACGCGCACAAGCGGAGAUCGACUCAGUGGUUGGGCGGGACCGCUUGCCUACAUUUGAAGACAGAGCGUCACUACCAUAUAUCGAAUCAGUUCUGCGGGAGACUUUGCGAUGGCAGCCUGUUGCACCCAUUGCGCUACAUGCCACCUCGGGUGAUGAUAUAUAUGACGGUUACUUCAUUCCAAAAGGAGCGACUGUCAUGUGCAAUAUAUGGUCAGAUACAUUCUGUCCAGGUUUCGAGAUGCUGACGUUAUAUUGCAGGGGAAUUACACGGGAUGAAAAGCGGUACCCCAAUGCAUCUGUGUUUAUGCCAGAGAGGUUCAUGGACGCCGAUGGUGCGCUGACGGACGACGAUCCAGCUGAAUAUUGUUUUGGCUUAGGCCGACGUAGAUGUCCAGGCCGGUAUGCUGCUGAUGCCUCAGCGUGGUCUGCUAUCGUUACCAUGUUGGCCACGGUGGAGUUUUCUUUUGCCAAAAAUGACCAGGUGAUCGAAUUCACCCCCGAAUUCUCGACGGGACUAUUUCAUUCCGUUACGGUCUUUCCCUGCAGUAUUUCGCCACGUUCUCAUGUUCAUUCGGGACUCCUGGGUGCCGCUUUACGAAUGGCAGAGUAAUAUGUAUACAGUGAAAGACCCGUCGUUGUCCUUUUCUAUGUUCUGACUUAGGCCAACUACCAAUCAGUCUCCUAGGUGUUCUUUUCGUGUCACAGUACUCUCGGUGUACCUAUAUUUGAUGCGUCCUUUUUCCAGUUCGAGUUGUGUUGACACAUACCUUGUUUGAGUAGUUUUGAUAUUUGUUUUCGUUAGCAAACUACUAAGGGCCU